GAUUCUUCGGAUCCACUUCCGAUGAGCCAUGGGCGCCUGCGCGGCAGUCCUUACAAGCGCGCUGCCAUGCAGCUCCAGCGCAGAGGAGGUGAUCGUUCAAUCUGAGCAGAUGGCAGGCCGGGUUCCGGGAGUCUCGGUGUCGCUGGAGAUGAGCGAAGCCGUUCCCGGGAGUCCGAGCCCUUUGCUGGAGGCAGUCCUCGCAGGCAAGAAGAUGGACUUGGAACGCGCCCAGGCGAUCGCCAGGGACAUUGCUAAGCCAGACUACUCGCUGGGUCAGUACUACCAGGACCUGUUGGCCGCCUUUCCGGAGCUCCAUUUGUUCGGCCUCAGGGGGAUCGGUGUAUCGAUCGAAGAGGCUCAUGCGGCUGGGGGACGCGCAGCCGCGGAUGAGUUCCAGCGAACCAUUGGGGCUUUCUUCGCCAUUUAUUGGCUCACACGACUUGAUUCGGACGGCAAAGCCGGCUUUUGCCACGGUGUGGACGAGUCUUGGAGGCCCCAGGAGGCCUUCAACGAGAAGUCCAGAGCAUUCUUUGAGGAUGCGGAGAUUUGGAAGUACUUUCAGGAUUUGAUGGUGGAUGCAGGCCUGUUGGAACAGGGCACAAAACGCGUUGACCCCGAGACAACGCUGGCCCUCCUGGUGCUGACGGCCCUGCAUGACAUCAUGAAGAUCAAUUUGCUUCUGCCGAGUGUCCAGAAGUCGGACGCGCCAUACCGAGGCUACAGCGAGGCUGAAGUGGUUGCAGAUCACGAUGUGGCAAUAUUCUACAUCGUUGAGCGCUACACGCACCUGCUUCCAUCACUUCGCCGGCUGCAACCUUCGCUACAGCUGUUAGUGCAAAAUGUCCUGAGCGGAUUGGCCUUCAACAACGGUUGGUUUGUUCAGGCAGAGGCACCGCCAGGAGCCGUUUUUCGGGGCAUCAAGGCAGCAGUGAGUGCCCAGACGGAGUCUGCCCGCAAAGUCGGCCGCCGUGACUUGAGCUUGUACUUCGUGCAUUGGCUCACGGACUUGGCUGGGGGCGAACCUACGCCGCUCUUCGGCUGCUCCAAGCUUUGCACCCUGCCGAUGCACGUCUUGAAGAGCUUCAUGCAAUCCGUGAGGUAUAUCCAGCAACUGGCAGAUCGCACAGAGACGGAGGUCAUGGAAGACUACCUCAAGGACCGCUGGGCCAAUCACCAGCCAUCGGUGGGGCCCAUGGUCUCGGGCCCCGCGGGGCUGGCCAAAGCGAGGCUCCUUUGCAUGGCGCAGGGCAACGCCACGGAGGUGCUCGCCGCCUUCGAAAAGCUCAGCGACGAGGACAAGGAGGUGCUCAGUGUGGAAAUGGCCCGCACCGGCGCGGAGCAGCAGAGCUUCUCAGACAGCUUUGUGCCCUCAUCUGUCAGGGAGCAGACGGCGGGCCCGGCCUUCUUGGUGUACUACGGCCCGGCCUUUCUGCAGAGGAUGGGCACAGACAGCCCCUUGCGUCGUUUGGAGAUCCUAGCGGAGAUCUUCCGCUGCGCGCGGAAGCUCUGGCCCGCUGUGCCCGAUCAAGCGGGCAACUUCGUCACUGUGCGCAUCGAUGCGAUCACUAUCCAGGGGCACUGGAGCGCCGACUCCGAGCUGCUGUUGCUGAGGAUGUGCAGCAACAAGCAGGCCUGCAUUGAGAGGAGGCCCAAAGAUGGCAACAGCUUCAACGAGGACUCUACUCAAAUCCUUUUUAACACGGACAACGGGGCUCCGUUGUGCUCCCAGGAGGAGAUGAUUCGACGUCUUGGUCCUGCGAUGCUGGCAGAAGGGCAUUGGUACCGCAAAGUGGCCUUUGCCUUCCUGCGACCAGCGGUACCAGGCGAGGAAAUCCGGACCAUGGUUGAUGGGAACGAGGAGACCAAGAAGAUUGCACAGGCUGGCGACUAUGUCGUGCGAGCUGACACCAAGUAUAAGGAGCUCUACGUGCUUCCCCAGCAGAAGGCGAGCGAUGCUUAUGACCUUGCUGCCCCCAUGGACAUCGCUGAGCGCUUGGAUGCCGCGGAGCUCCGUGCCGGCGGCUUCCGCUGCUACAGGUGCCGCACGCGCAUCAAGGCCAUUCGUGCCUCGGAGAGCCUCCUGUCCAAGAUCUGCCCGCAGAAGCGCUUUAUGGCCAGUUGGGGCUCGCCCUGUGUUGUCAAAGCCGACGACAUGCUGGCCGCACAGGUCAGCGACUCUACGAUAAAGGAGAUUUACAGGAUUGAGAAGACGGUAUUCAAGGAGACUUUCAGUUUGGAUCAGUGAGCCGUGAGCCGCGGGUUUCGUCAGUCCAACCUGCCCCGUCGUUUUUUGGACGAGGCAAAGUAUGAAAUAAAGCCCUCCGGGGUCCGCUCGGAAAGGGAAGUCAGACUCACUCCCU